AUGCCUUCGAAGCGACUGAAACUGUCGGACAAGGCAUCGCUGCCUUUCAGGACCGACAACAAGCAGAGACGACAAGCUUUGCAUGUGAAGAGAAAGCGUGCACUCGACGCACAGCGCCGUGAUGAACGAUUUGCGCGGAAAAAGCAAGAAGCAAAGGACCCUCGAUUACGGGAGGAUAGGUUGAAGCACAAUGUCCCGCUGACCCUGGAUAGAAAACGCGUCUGGGACGAUGUUCAAGAGGAUGUGGAGGAUGGUUUGGGUCUCAGUGUUGAUGUUGAGCGCAUAAAACGACAACGGCUGGAAGAGGAUGAGGCACUACCCGAUGGAGAACUCGACGGCAAAUCUGAUGAAGAAGACAAAGAUAGUAUGCUCGACGAAGCGAGUGCAGACGAAGAUGACGAGCCCAUCGAUGAGAAUGAAGUCGUCAGUAAUCCCCUACCAACCCCAAAGCAGAUACGAACGGCCACACAAAGAGCAACCUCCCCCAACCGGUCUACAACAUCCACCAACCUCAACCUCGCUCCUGAAGCUCUUGCGGCCAAGUUUCCCACCCUCUUCGGUACCGAUCCGCCUCCAGAUCCCAAAAUCUUGAUCACCACAUCCCUCAACUCCACCCUGCACGAUCAAGCUUCCAUACUCACCACCCUCUUCCCCAAUUCCCACUACAUCCGCCGCACCUCCCAUCGCUACGGCCACAAAUUCUCCGUCCGCGAGAUAUCUUCGUUUGCCUCUCACCGCGGCUACACUGCUCUCUUGGUCCUAACUGAAGACCUAAAGCGCCCCUCCGGCCUCACGAUUGUUCACUUGCCCAGCGGCCCAACCUUCCACUUCACCAUCUCAAACUGGAUCGAAGGAAGAAAGAUGCCCGGCCACGGCAACCCGACCUCUCACACCCCCGAACUAAUCCUCAACAAUUUCCGCACCCCGCUGGGUCUUCUGACCGCUCACCUUUUCCGCACACUCUUCCCUCCUCAACCCGAACUCCGUGGUCGCCAGGUCGUGACCCUGCACAAUCAAAGAGAUUACAUCUUCCUCCGCCGACAUCGGUACGUGUUCAGAGAAAAGAAGGAGACGGAGAAGAGCGUCAUCGGGCCGGAUGGGAAGGAGGUCAAGGGAGUAGAAGGCAUCCGGGCGGGAUUGCAGGAGCUGGGUCCGAGGUUUACGUUGAAGUUGAGGCGGGUGGACAAGGGGAUCCAGAGGGGGAGUGGGCAAGAAUGGGAGUGGAAGGGGAAGAUGGAGAAGACGAGGACGAAAUUCCAGCUGUAG